UCCUCCUUCGAUUCUCAUUGCCCCUAUAUACGUAUUAGUCCUAGCUAGCUCGCGCGUCGGAACAAAUAUCUCACCAUGUGGUGGCUCGACCCCGGCAAGGAGGUCUUGAACGUCAUCUUCAACCGCAUCCUUGCCCCGUAUGUCGAAAACUUGGACAUGAACCAAGUGAAUUAUGGGAUAGGGCAGGGUCAAUUAACACUCAAGAAGCUCAGGCUCAAGAAGGGUGCAUUGGACAAAUUUCGGCUCCCCGUCGAUGUGAUUGAAGGUCACCUGGGCACCUUCACGCUUUCUUUGCAUUGGAGAAAUCUGGGCAAUCAGCCCGUCGAAUUGCUGAUCGAGGAUGUCUAUCUCCUCGUCGUACCCUCUUCGCAAGGAAAUGAAGACCCGGAAGAAAACGAAGCUCGGGCACAGGCUGCAAAACGGGAGCGGUUAGAAAACGCAGAACUGCUCCAUAUGAAUCGGAACACGGCCGUACAAUCGCAAGAAGAAACGCCCGAGCAGCAAGGUCUCUUGGCUUCCCUGAUUGCCAAAAUCAUCAACAAUCUCCAGGUCACGAUCAAGAACAUCCAUGUUCGUUAUGAGGACAAGCUCAGUGUCCCAGGACAUCCAUUCGCGGCGGGCUUGACAUUGGCCGGGUUCUCUGCCUUCUCCGUGGAUGAGAACUGGGUCCCCGCGUUCAUCGAGAGCACAGCGGGUAGUAUCCACAAACUCUCAAAACUUGAAUCGCUAGCCGUUUACAUCGAUACUGACACGAGCAGCAUGGCUGGUUUGCCCUAUUCGGAAGCGAUCGAAAAAUUCAAGGCUAUGAUUGCCAGCGAGAAGCAUGCCAAAGAUCAUCAAUACAUCCUGAAACCCGUCUCGGGGGAGGGCAGGAUCGUCAUGCACAAGAAGCUGGACAACGAAACGCCGCGGUUUGACGUUCAGCUGUUCUUUGACGAGAUCGGCGUUCUGCUGGACGAUAACCAAUACCGAGAUGCGAUCUCGCUCGUGGACAUGUACCACAUUUACAUGCGAAACCGACAGUAUCUCAAGUUCCGGCCCACUACGGAAGAGCUCGAAGAAAAUCGACCACGAGCAUUGCUGAAUUUUGCAGGCAAGGCCAUCUUGGACGGUGUUCACGAAAGGAGGCGGAAAUGGACCUGGGCGUACUUCGCUGAGCGUAGGGAUGACAGGCAUCGAUACGUCGAGCUUUUCAAGAAGAAGCAGUUGAACACGCUCAGACCUCAGGACACCGCCAUGUUCGAGGCGCUGGAAAAGAAACUGUCGUACGAAGACAUCCGCUUUUACAGGUCCAUCGCACGCUCAGAGCUCCGCAAGGACGCAGCCCUCCGCAGACAACUCGAGGACGACAAGAAGAAACAGGACUCACAACAGUCGGCGGGCUGGGGCAGCUGGCUCUGGGGUUCUUCCUCCUCCGAUUCCAGCCAAGGCCCCGACUCUGGCUCUGGAGAAAACGCGUUCACCGGGCCGAUGACGGAAGAACAGCGGAAGGAACUGUACGACGUGCUCGAUUACGAUGAGAAAGCUGCUCUGGCGGAGUCGUUCGAGGCUCCGAGGGGGGCUCUCAAGAUGCGGGUGGCCGCGAAGCUGGAGAAGGGCUCGUUGGCACUCAUGACGGACCCGCACGGGAAGGCGGAGGAGGUGAUUUCGAUCGUGUUCGAUGCGUUUCAGGCGGAUUUCGUGCAGCGUGCGGAUAAUUUCGAGCUCACGACCGCGUUGGGCGGUUUGCGCGUGUUCGAUGGGACGACGAAGGAUACGUUGUAUCCCCAGAUCGUGCACGUCAAGAGCGACGAGAGUGGAGAGAAGAAGCCGGACGUGGAGGAUCCGUUCUUCUUUGUGAAGUUUGAGAAUAACCCGUUGGACGAGCGGGCGGAUUCGGCGUUGACGGUUCGGAUGCGUCAUAUGGAGAUCAUCUAUCACAGGGGCUACGUUGAAGCUAUUUAUCGCUUCUUCAAGCCGCCUGCUAGUCAAUUGGAGUCUGUGGAGGCUCUGUUGAAUGCUGCGAGUCAGACGCUCGAAGGUCUUCGGAAGGAAACGCGAGCGGGUCUUGAAUAUGCCCUUCAGAAUCACAAGACCGUCGACAUUCAGAUGGACAUGAAUGCUCCGGUCAUUAUCAUACCGGAAAGUAUCACGACCAACCGAUGCAAACAUCUGCUAAUCGAUGCCGGUCACAUCUCUAUCGAGAGCAAUCUGGCAGACAAGGAGGCUAUUCGCCAGAUCCACCUCAAGAGGAACCAGAAUUACACGGACGAAGAUUAUGUCAGGUUAGAGUCGUUGAUGUAUGACAAGUUCUCGUUGAAGCUCCAUGCGGCUCAGUUCGUGCUAGGAGAUGAACUCCAAGCUUGUCGCGAUGCUCUCACCUCAGACGACCACAACUCGCUGCAUCUCCUCGAGCGCAUCAAUAUCGAUCUUCAGGUCCAGAAUUCCAUCGUGCCUAGUGCCGUCAAUCUUUCGCGAUUCAAGGUUUCCGGAAACCUUCCUACUUUACAGCUCAACUUUUCGGACACGAAGUAUAAGUCCAUCAUGCGUCUCGUUGAUGUUACUAUACCGAAACUCGGAGACGAUGACCCGUCGGCCUCAGCUACGACCAGUGGAUAUCAGAUACCUUCCGGAUUGUUCCCUUUCGCGGGCGAAGAGUAUACUAUCGAUGACGAUCAUGAGGAUGAUGAGUCCAAGGAGCAGUCUCAGGACGGAGGUGUAGAGCAGCGUGGAAUGCAUCAGAGGACGUUCGAGCUCAACUUCCAGGUGGAUACCGUGCGCGCGUCUAUUUCUAAGAGUCAAGGCGAGGAUGGCGAGAAACCUCUGGGUGACCUCUCGUUCAACCAAUUCACUUUGACAUUCGGUUUGGAGAAGUUCGAUAUGACGGUCGAUAUCAGCCUCGGCUCCCUGUCUAUGAAUCUGAUGGAGCCUGGCGCCGAACCCCUCGAGGUCCUAUCUUCGGUCGAGACCGACGAGAACAAGGACUUGCUCACCGUGAAGUAUCACCGAGUCCAGAAAGCGUCACCAGAGUUCUUCACUAUGCACGAGGGUAUCGACCAGAACGUCGACAUCAAGAUAUCUACGGUUGUUUUCCGCGCUGCGCCAGAACCGGUUCUCACGUUGUAUGACUUCAUCAUGUCGACCUUCGUCGCUGCGCCAUCGGGUGCUGUUAUCACUGAGACAGAGCAGCAAGACACUUCGAAAGUCGUGGACUCUGCGGCUCAACAGGAGGCUAAUGCGCAAGGUGGCAAGAUCCGUGUUUUGGUCGAGCUUGCCAGCGUGGAGAUCUUGCUCGUCAAUGCCGCUGCUAGGCUUGCGACACUGUCGCUUUCGACUGCAAAGACGACCGUUCUCUUAUUCUCGAACACAAUGAACAUCCAUGCGAAGCUCGGGAGCUUGUCGCUCACCGAUGAUUCCGACGAGAAGACGGCCGUUCCGGAGUUCAAGCAGAUCAUGUCCAUCGAGGGUGAUAACUUGGCCGAAUUCCGGUACGAGACGUUCGACCCCAACGACCACGAGAAUUACAAGGGAAUCAAGUCUUCGGUUUAUUUGGCCGCUGCGUCCGUGAAGCUGCAUUACCUUGAACAGCCUCUGCAUGAUAUCUAUCUCUUCAUGAACAAGUUGGCGAAAUUGAAGGGUCUGUAUGAUGCUGCUACUCAGGUGGCCGUGCAACGAGCGUCUGAGAUCGAGAGGAUGAAGUUCGAGAUCUCCGUCAAGACCCCUAUCCUCGUCUUCCCCUCAGACGUGACCAGUUCUCAAGAUGCGUUGACGCUGCGUCUUGGUGAGAUUACCGCCAACAAUGCGUACGAGGACGACAAACUCAAGACCUCGGCAAGCUUGCGUGGGAUUCAGCUCAUCUCCACGUUAUAUCAUGACUCGAAGCCUUCGACCCUCAAGAUCAUCGAUGAUAUCGAGGUCGAGGCGGAUGUGGUCCAAGCCGCUGCUGCUAGACCUGCGGGAAAUAAUGACUAUCCCGACACUCAGGUCAAUGUCAAGGUCUCCGAUAUCAAGCUCUACCUGACUCAAGUCCAGUACGGAAUGGUCAUCGCAUUGUCUCAGUCUAUCCCGAAAAUAUUGAGUGGAGCACCAGAGGGAGCGGCACAGGUCGAAGACACUGUGUCAUCGAAGGCUUCUUCGAAGCACUCCCCGGAAUCUGAUCAAGACUCUGGUGUCGCAUUACGACCUGAGUUGGCUCCUGUCUCAACUGCCGAGGGUGCCAACAUCUGGACGAGUCUUGACCUCAUUGUUUCGAUCAACGCUGUGAAGCUUCACUUAUACGACGCUCAGGCAACAACGACUGCGAACCUGCAGGAGCACGGUGUCGCUCGAUUCGCGCUCAACAACAACAGUCUGAGAUUGAAGAUGCUUUCAGAUGGGUCUUUGGAGGCUCAGGUCGUCCUCAAGUCGUUCACGAUGAGCAACACCCGCGCUGGCAAUUCCAAGUUCCGAGAAAUCAUACCAGCUGCUCAACACGACCGGAACCAAUUCAUGAUCCUGUACACCGCAUCCGGGGGACCGAACCCAUCAUCGCUCGCAGUCCUCACCGUCGAUUCCCCGAAAGUCAUCUUCGCUAUCGAUCCCGUCUUUGCUCUCAUGGAGUUUUUCUUGAGUGCCUUUCCCCCUUCACCACCGGCGCAAGAGAUGGAGUCCGUCUUCGAUGCUCCGCAAGCUCAAGAAGUCGCGCAGCCCAGUGAUCCUGGUCAAAAGUCUGGCUUGGAUUUCCGGUUCGACCUUCACGACGUAUCGGUCAGUGUACUCGAAAGUGAGACAGACGCGAACUCGCAGGCUAUUCGUCUUUCUAUCGGUCAAGUCUUGCUCUCGCAACAGGGAAUCAUGGCAUUGAACGUCACUCGCUUGGGAAUGUCAUUGACACGCAUGGGCAAAGGCGCGGAUGACGUCCGCUUCCUCGACGAAGUCGACAUGACCGUCACUCUGGACAGCAGGAACUCGUCAGCUCACCAGAUGACCAGUAUCGACAUCACCUCGAAGCCCAUUGUCUUCCGCGCCUCUUACCGAGACAUCCAGCUCAUCAUGACAAUCACGAAUAAGGCCCUAACAGCCUAUAACCAGUCAAGUCAGAGGGCGAGUACGGCGCAGGAACAGGCGAACACCAAGGUGCGGCCGAGUGUGAGAGCCGCGUCUUCGUCUGGUCAAGCUGUUUCGCGCAAGUCUAUUGCACGCAGAAGCGGACAAGUCCCUACUGUCGGUCGGGCGAGGGUUAUUACGUCCAAAGAACAGCUGAAAGCCUCCCUAGAUGGAUUCCGUUUGGUUCUGAUCGGUGACUUACACGAACAGCCAACGUUGCACCUCAAGGUCAAACCCUUCACUGUAGGGGUCAAUGAUUGGUCCGGAGAGUUACAAGCGUCAACGACACUGGCGACAUCCAUCAGCUAUUGGAACUUGACAAACUCGCACUGGGAGCCUCUGAUCGAUCCUUGGACAUUUUCUGCCUCGGUUGCGAAAGACCGCCCGGACAGCGCGAUGGUAGCUACGUUGUCUUCACAAGAGCGAUUGAAUCUCAACGUCAGCACGACGUUCUUGGAAAUGGCCGUCGACAUCCUCAAUACUUGGAGCAGAGAGGGCGAACGUGUCCUGGAGAAAGCACGUGGAAGCUAUGCACCGUAUCAGAUCCGCAAUUAUACCGGGACGCCCCUGUACAUCUGGGCAGACGCGGAUGGUAGCAGCGAGAAGAAGGAUCUCGGCGCUGUCAAGGUCAACGAUGGCCAGACUAUCGACUGGAGGUUCGACGACUGGAAGACUAUGCGCGAGCAUACGGGGUCCGCUGGCCAAAGUAGCAUAGGAGUGCAGUUCGACGGACAACCUUGGGAACGGCUGCGUAGCAUCCCUGUGGACAGAGAGGGAGAGUUCACAUAUGCACUUCGACCAAGGACGGACAAGCUCCACAAUCGCAUGCUCUGUGAAGUUACAGUCGUGGCCAGCGUCAAGAUCGUCACCCUUCGAUCUACCUAUAAGGUACACAAUCAGACUUUGUACCCGGUAGAACUCACUCUGGUGGAUGAUACCGGUCGCGCUCAGCGUGGUGUCGAGAAGAUAGCCCCUGGUCAGGACUUUUCCCUGCCCAUCGAUGCCGUUGGCAAGUACAAGGUUAGGGUCCAGCCUGACCAGGGCUUCGGCUACAAGUGGUCAUCCGCAAUACGUUGGGAAGACCUUGUCUCCCGACAAACCUUCACUCUCAGAUGCCCUCACACUGACGAGCAAGAAGCCGCGUUCAGGUUCCACGCCUUUGUACAGACUGAUGCAACCGGUGCUUCGAUGCGAAAAUAUCCGAAGAUUGAUCUCAAACUCCGUGCUCCUAUCGAACUUGAGAACCUCCUCCCCUACAAUCUUCAAUACCGGAUCUACGACAAGGACACUGAUCAGAACUGGAAGAGCUACCUUAGGACGGGAGGAAUUAUGCCUGUUCACUCUGUCGAACUUGGGCAUCUCGUUCUUCUCAACGUUGAGAUCCAGGAUACAGUAUUCAAGCCUAGCGACUUUGGCAUAAUCAACACGGACGGACAUUCCGACUUCGACAUCGAACAUCGCCUCACCUUGCAGGAUCCUCAAGGUCGGAAAUUGGAUCUCCGGCUGAACUAUAUUCGCUUCCCGGAGGCCGGCGGGGCCUUCAAAGUCCAGAUCUACUCUCCUUACCUUAUAGUCAACAAGAUGGGUAUCCCAUUUGGCGUCAUGGCUGUUCGGUCCGCCAGACCUGGUGCUCCUCAUGCGGUCGCAGGCGACUCACGCGACGAAACGUUAUCUAAGCCAGUCCCAUUCCUGUUGUCUCAUCCUGUUGAGCGCGGCAAUGAAUUCGUCCUGAAAGUUGGGAAUUCUGCCUGGUCAAAGCCACUGAACUUGGAAGCUCCAAGUGCCGAGACGGAGCUAACAGUUGCAUCAAACUCUCAGAAGAACGAGGAGGUGCAUGUUGGCCUCUCAUGGACCGUCGGACUGGGGAAGUACAAGUUAACGAAGGUGAUCACGAUCGCUCCUCGGUUCUUGAUCAAGAACAACAUGGCCGAACCUAUCUGUUUCCGAGAGCAUGGCGUUGCGCCUCGAGGGAAGUCGACAUUGGAGCCAUCAGAGCGAGUACCGAUACAUACCAUGCGAGCGGGCUACGAAAAGCUUCUCACAAUAGCUUUCCCGGGGCUCAACACGGAAUGGUCGCCACCAUUCAGUGUCGAGGAUAUCGGUUCGGUGCACUUCCGUCUCAAGGAGCCAGGCGAACGAUCGACGAGUCACCUAAUUCGCGCGGACAUCAAGAUGGACUACUCGACUAUCUUCGUGACGAUCAACCUCGCGGACGACGACUGGCCUUUCACCGUUGAAAACGACAGUUCAUAUGAUCUCUCGUUUUGUCAAAUGGACCUGGCGCACGGUGACGCUGACGCUUCAAGCAAAGCCAACCCUAGCUACUUCUUGCCGGACCACACACUAACACCAUACGCAUGGGAUUUCCCCGCCGGUGCUGAGAAGAAGAUCCUGCUUACGAUCGGCAACGCACGCCGAGCUGUAGACAUCAUGGAGAUCGGAGAUCUGGUUCCCUUCAAAUUCCAUAACCAGACCCAUAAGGGAGUGGUGUCCAUUGACGUUCGUGUCGAAGGCCACAAGCAAGUCCUCAGGAUCAGUGACUACAGGCCCGAAAACAGCUUGUACCGACAAAGGACUCGUGGGAGUAUGUCCAGCUCUCGAGUGAACACGAUCUCUAGCACCGAGGGAUUCGAAGCGAUUACCGAAGAGAUCAAACCGAACUUCUCGUUCAAUGUCGACUUCUCUGGCAUCGGCUUGUCCCUCAUCAACAGAAGGAUCGUUGAAGUUGUGUACCUCUCGAUCGAGAAGUUGAAGUUCGAGUAUUCGACCAGCAAUGUGGCGCAGUCGGUCAACGUCUCGUUUGGCUCCAUACAACUAGACAAUCAGCUGCAUGAUGCGAUAUUCCCUGUUGUUCUACAACCAACACCGCUGACGAAGGAGGCGCGCAAUGCGCAAGCGUUGCCAACAAUCCAGGGAUCGGUCAUCUGGCUGAACGACCAGGAACACGGCGUAUUGUUCGUCAAGUACUGCUCGGUGUUGUUGCAGGCCUUGACCAUCACUGCCGACGAAGACUUCCUGUAUACUGUGUACGAACUCAGUCAGAUCAAAGGCGCGUCUUGGGAAGAAGGGCACCAGGAUGUGCUUAUUGAACACCCUGAGGAGAUACCGGAGCCACACACUGCGGCCAGCAGCGAACAAGUCUACUUCGAGGUCCUUGAACUCCAACCAAUCCGGCUGGCUUUGUCCUUCAUGCGUACAGAAAGAAUGAGCGGCGCGGAGAAGAUGAGCAUACGGAAUCCUUUAGCCAUCAUCGUCAACGCGAUAACCAUGGCCAUCGGAAACGUCAACGACGCGCCUCUGGAGUUCAACGCGCUCGCCAUCAAAGACAUGCGCCUGAGUGUGCCGGACGUCCAAUCCCGUAUCAUAUAUCACUACCGACAAGAGGUCCUCCGUCAGCUCUACCGUAUCCUGGGCUCUGCAGAUUUCAUCGGUAACCCUGUCGGCUUGUUCACGAACGUCAGCUCCGGAGUGGCGGAUAUCUUCUAUGAGCCUUUCAAUGGUGUUGUCAUGCACGGCAAUCGGGAACUCGGUGUCGGCAUCGCGAAGGGUGCGGCGAGCUUCGUCAAGAAGACUGUCUUUGGCUUCUCGGAUAGUUUCACGAAGGUGACCGGUAGCAUAGGCAAAGGUAUCUCUGCCGCCACACUCGACUCUGAGUAUCAAAAGCGGAGAAGGAUCACCCAGCGACGAAACAAGCCGCGACACGCCAUCUACGGUGUCACUGCCGGAGCGGAGGCCUUUGCGAACAGUGUGGCGAGUGGCGCAGAGGGGCUUGUGAUGAAACCAAUCGAGGGUGCCGAGUCAGAAGGGGCAGUUGGCUUCUUCAAGGGCGUCGGAAAGGGUUUGGUCGGAGCUGUUACGAAGCCCGUCGUCGGAGUCUUCGACCUGGCUUCCAACGUAGCUGAAGGUGUCCGGAAUACGACCACUGUCUUCGAUAAUCCUGCUCGGGAUCGUGUCAGAAUCCCUCGAGUAACGCCCUCGGACGGUGUAUUGGUGCCUUAUUCGUCGCGAGAAGCGCUGGGUCAAUACUGGCUCAAGGACCUCGACAGCGGUGCCUACCGCCAAGAAUCCUACGUCGCCCACAUUAACAUCCCCGGCACAGACAACGUCGUCAUGCUGACCGCGACCCGCGUCCUCUCCUUCUACACCCGACGGCUCCGGCUGAACUGGGAGCUCCCCUUCACGCUCGUCCAGGGCGUGACGAUCGAAGACAGCGGGAUCCGGUUCUCACACAAGUCGGGGAAGGACCAGGAUAAGUUCGUGAAGAUCACGGACAAGAACUCGCAGUCGUGGUUCUUCGGACAGAUCGCGACGGUCGUGAAGGCGUUCAAUGCGCGGAGACGGAUGGACUCGUGAUUUUUUUUUGUGCGAAAUAUGCAUAGUGGGUCGGUUCGUUGCGCCGCGACGGGUGGAAUAAGGUUGUUUGUAUGUGUUUGUGCAUGUUUGUGUGUAUGGGUGUUGAUGACACGACGGCGAUCGGUCGCGGGGCGGUGUAUGACGAACGAACAAACGGACUGGAAUGUAUUGUACACGCUGAUAGACGGACAACAACUAACUACUAUAGCUAGCUAUCCAUCCGACAAUUUGUUGUGGUAUACGAGGGGGCGAAUAUCAAUUACCUGUAUCUUAAUGUAUCAAAAGAACAGAACAAGAACGGACGCGUGAAACAAAAACAAACCAAAAGAAAGGGGCUGCAGCUCAAGUACUAGUACUCAAGAUAGACGCCCGUCGGGGGCAUGUAAUUAGGGUCUGCGCAAGCUACAAGUACUGGUACUUUGGAAAGACUGACUGAGUGAACUGAGUGAGAGUGAGAGAAAGAGUGCUUGGUAUAUAAGUAUAUGCUUUUAUAGAUAUGAUAUGUAUAUCUCCAUAUGUAUGUAUAGGUAUACCAACAAUCCCUAUCCCUAUCCCCACCAGACUGUGUUUUCAUCUCCUCGUUCCUCAUCGCCUACUGAGCGAGCCCUAAACUCCGAUCCAGGGAGUAUUCCGAGAAUUCAGAAAAGAUGAUGGAAAUUGAGGACGGAAGAACGGACGGAUGGAUGGAAAUUGAGGACGAACGAGACGGGGUAACAUCUAUCGAAAGGAAGCGAAAGAAGCGCAGAACCUCGGUUGACGGGGACAGGAGAGAACAGACAGAUAAAAACGGAAAAACAAAAAACAAACGAGUGACUGUGGGGGGCGGGGCGGUAGCGCAGGUGGAAGGAAAGUCCCGUGGUAAGUAGAGUUGGCCUACAUUUGAGGGUAGAGGGUAAAUGGUGAAGGGGUAAAAGUGCAAAUCAAAAUAGAGACGAUAGACGGUCGGGGGAGAGGGAGGGAGUGGUUUUAACGAAAAGGGAAUAAGGUGAAAUGACGCUGAUGAUGAUGAUAAUGGAACGAAAACACGCAAAUAGAACGAUAAAUCAAGGGGGCAUAUACAUAAUAAACAAGAGAGAGAGAGCGGUCGAGAUGUAAAGAAACGAGAACGAGGAUCAAGAAAACAGAAGAGAAGAGAACAGAGAAAAAGGAGCCUCCACCACAUAAUCACUGAACGACUCCCCUACUCCCCCUCGACGGUCUAGGAUGUCCCACCGUAUGAUCACUAAACGUCGGACUCCCCUCCAUCCCACUCCCCUUCUUCACCGUAACAACACUGGACACCCUCUCCCUCAUCACCUCCCCCUCCUUCCCUUCCGUCGACUCCGACUCCGACCUAAACCUCCCAUUCCCAUUCCCAUUCCCACUCCUCGGCGGCGGAAGGCCCCCAAAGUCCUCGAGAUGAUCCUCAUCGACCAUCCCGUCUCCAUCCCCAUACUUCGCCCUCGGGCUCGCAGAAUACGCGCUCUGGAAGUCCGUGUCCGAGUCGUCCGUAGUCCCCGUGAGGGCGUUCGUCAGCGCAGGCGUGGACGGCGAAGGAGCCGGAGGUGUAGCAGGGCGUGUGGCGCCCAACGACGCGCCAGAGGAGAUUUUCCGAAUCCCGCGACUAUCGAUGGAUGAUUGAUCUCCAUGCUGUUGUUGAUCAGGGUCAGUCGAAAGAGUAUCGUCGACGACGGUCGUAGGCGCAUCAGAAGAAGAAGUGAUGACCGUGGGCCUCAUCCCCGACGCACUAUUCCUCGGCGUCGUCUCCGGAGCCUUCUUCGUCGGCGUAACGACCUCCGUCGAGUCAGAUCUUCUACUAUUCUCGCUACUCCUCCUCACAUGCCCGCUCGGCGUAUUCCCGCCACUCCUAUUCCUGGACGACGAUCCCUUACGAGCCUUCCCCCCAACUCUAGCAGCCCCCUUCUGCGCCCUCCGACGAGGCGUAUACCUCGCCUCUGACAUCUCGCUCCCGCUCUCCGUGCUAGACUGAUGUUGCUGCUGUUGCCUAUUAUCCCUCUCCCUAUACUCCGCCGCGAGCGCAUUCUCCAAUUUCUGCUGGAUCUCCAGAACCUUCCGCGCGAUCCUAUCGCUGCGCUCGCUAAUACCCUCGUCCACAGCCUUCAUCCCAUCCUGCUGCGCCUCCGUCGUCAUACUCGACGAGAACCGCUUCGUCUUCUUCGCCUUCGCAGUUCCCGCCUCGUCACCAUCCGCGCUCACCCUCCCCGGCUCCUCACUCUCGUCCCCUUCCUCAAUCACAGCCGAAUACCUCUGCAAAUCCGUCUUACGCCCCACAUCCUGUCCCCCCUCUCCUUCCUGAUCCGCAUCAUCCCCAUACUCCGCCAACGUCGUCUCAGUGCCGAACGACCGUAGCUGCUUGAUCCUACUCCCCGCGUCACUGGGCCUCCGCGAUCUCGCAUUGCGUGACGACGGCCGACUCGCAUUGCGUGACGACGGCCGACUCGCAUUGCGUGACGACGGCCGACUCGCAUUGCGUGACGACGGCCGACUCGCAUUGCGUGACGAAGGCCGACUCGCACUCACGCUGCCCGAAUCGUACCCAUCACCCUCACCCUCACUCUCAUAGUCUCCCUCAUUCAUCCCAACCGCCAUCGACGCGAGUGCCUGUUCGAUCUGUGCUUCGACUUCGGCGACCAUAGCGGCUCGUUCGACUUCCAUUGUUUCCAUUGCUUGUUUCAUCUUCUGGAGCUCGUCUAGCGCGUCUUUGUGUUGGCCUUCUGUGUCUCUGAGCUGGCUCUCCAACCGAUGUUUCUCCCCCGCCGUCAACGUAACAAGCCCACUCAACCUCUUCGUCUCCCUCUGCUCCUUAUUAAUCCUCGCCCUCAACUCUCCCGCCUCCACACUCAACUUCUCCGCAUACUGCUCAAACGUCACAAACUUAUCCCUCCACAGAUCACUCUCCGUCAUCAAAAAGUUCAACCUCCUCGACAGCCUCCCGAUCUUCGUCUCUAGAUCAUCCCGCGCAUCCACGAACGCAGUCGCGCGCUUCCGGAUCGAGAGCUGGAUGUGCUGUUCUGCGGCGGAGAGUUGGGGUUGACGACGGACGGAACCGAAGGAGGAGAUGCGUUUGAGGAGGGACGGUUUGCGGAGUUUGUCUUGCAGGACUAUGUCGAAGGCUUGGAUGAUCCGCGUCGAGUGCCACCAUUCUGGAGGCUUGAUCGUGUCGGCGACGGCGGCGGAGGCGCCACCGCGCUUGGCUUGGAUCUUGCAUACCGGCCUGAAACGACCGGCGGGGAAAGCUUCUUUGAAUUCGCUGGGUACGGAGUGAUCUGGGUGAUAGAGCGGUUCAAAGGCGGUCAUCAACUGUUUCCUGAACCUCUCCCUCUGCUGCUUGACAGAGAUAACACCAGGCGGCGGUGCGGCGCAGUUCAAGUAGUUGAUAUCGAGAUCACAAACGCAGACCUCGGGGGGAGGCCUGACGCAGUACCUGGCCUCGGUGGCGAGACCGAUGAUCCAAGGACCGGGAUCGUCGAUGUAUAUCUUCGCGUCGCGAGCGUGAACGGACUGCAGUGCGACACCGUUCCAUCCACGAAGUUCGACGAGAUACUUGAUCGUGAGGACCGCGAUGCCGAGCAUGGCAGGAUGACGAGAGAAGAACAAGAUGCGGCCAGUGGGCGCUAACGCGAUCUCGCAGAUCGUCAAUAUAUUAUCGAUAUUGAGCGCCUUAAACAGCGGCCACAUCGUGAAAUUAACAUCGACCAACCCGCGUCCAAAAUCAAGUCCACCAGGGAAACGGGUCACGACUUCCAAACUCGUAUCCGGAUCAUUGACCCCCAAGCCCGACGCGUCCGUCUUGACCGAAGCGGACGCGUCGAGUCUGAUGAGGUCUCCCGCGCGGGGAGCGGGAUGCGAGAGGAUCUUCGAGAUCUGAAGCGUGUGGGACUGGACGUCCUUGGAGAAGCGAGCCCAGGAGAGCGUGAGGUAGUCGCGCAUGAGGUCGUAGAUCGGGUGGCGCGAGACGAGGGUGAGUGCGUAGGGUAGCCAAAAGACGGUAUCGCCAGGGAGGAAGAGCGUGCUUUCGCCGGGAUUGUGGCCCCCGUUGAUCGUACUCGCCACUUCGAAAUCGCUCUCGCUCAUAGCGUCCGUGUCGGCAUCAAUAUCGGUUUCGCCGUCUGUAGUGGCUCCCCAAGGCACACGUGCGCUCCGUUUUGUGCUACGGCGGGCCAUGGCCGUCGGGUCGAGACUGCUACCGUGGCCGUCGCUACGGAGCGACCUGAGGCGGGCGUUGGCGAGACUGUUGGAGGAUUCUUUGCGGGAGCGGUUGGCUUCGAGUGUUCGGCGGAUGGCGGCGCUGCGUUCGGCAUCUGCGUGGGACCAUACGGUGAGGCAGACACCGUGGUAGGUGACGGUGCUGCUGGGAGUGGAAGGAGUGUUGGCGGACGCGCCUGCGCCGUGUCCGUGGGCAGAAGAUGAAGCGUUUGGGGGAAAGAUGUUGGAUUGGCCUAUGACGGCGGAAGAAGGGCGUGCGUUGAUGAAUGGGUCGUUGUAGGGGUAAAGAGAGGUGGCCAUGGAGGUGGGGCGGGUGUCCGGGGCGCUGGUGGUGGAAAGAAUAGAUUGACGGAGAAGGGCGGCGGAAGAAGAGGCAUGGAGGGCGGUGGUGGGUGCGGGGAGGGUGAAGGAGAAGGUGUGCACGGUGGAGGCAGGCUGGAGGGUGGACGCUAUGAUCUCGACCUCGCGAGUGAAGGAGAGCUUGAGCGCCUUUGAGAGCAUUUUGGCGACUUCCUGUUUACCAAGAGCGCCUGCACCCUUGUGUACCUCGCUCUCGCCCUUGCCCCGCUUCUUCUUCUUGCCACCACCGACGCCAGGGCUGACGGUGCUGCCGAGGACCUCUGCCCUCCACCAGCGAUUGACGGCGCCCUCCGAGUGGGCGAGGCCGAGGACGGAGUCGGGGUCAGCGAGGGUCCAUGUGUGUGGCGCCUUGGGGAGGCCAGAGACGACGUAGAGGGAGGUGAGGGGGAGGGUGGGAGUGAAGGCGGAAGGGGGAGGGGCUUCGCGCGCAGAACGGGUUGAAACGAGUGAGGUGCGUGUGGACGCAGGGAUGGGCUCCAUGGAGCGGUUGUGCUGUAUGCCGAGCACACGGGACGCCUUGUCUGAGCGGGGGACGAGCUGCAGUGCGGACGCUGAGGGCGAGGGCGGGUUAAUCGUCACAAAGUCGAGCUCGUCGGCGAGACGGCGGUCGUGGCCCUGGCCCUGGGUCGCGGUCGCUGUCGAGUUGUCUGUCUCUGCGCUGCUCCUGACGGUGGAGAGACGGCUGGGUGGGGGGGCAGAGCGCGAGGAGUCUUUGGAGCGGAUGGAGAGCGAGGGCUGGAGCCUGCGAGAGUUGAAGGAGACGGCGGGAGGGCCCUGUUCGACAGAAGUCAGGAACGGCGCGAGGGCGGACCGCGGGAGCCUCGUCUGAUUGGGGGCGUCCUCCGUGGUAGGCGCUGAGGACUGCUGUCUGCGCUGGCCAGAGAGCAUCGUAGUGGAAAGAGAGGAAGGGGCACAGUGGCAAAAGGAGAGAACAGCUGUCGAUGCGGCUAUAUGUACUCCCCCACGUCGUCCUCCGUACCUUGCAGUAUCCCAAGCGAUUUUUCCAGCUCAAAUCGCGCCCCCCCUUUUCAUUCCCUCGCUUAUAUUCUCCCGCUUCCUCGCCCCCUCCCCGGCCCUCCUCCCACAAAUACACAUCCUCCCGCUUCUUCUCCCACUGCGUCCCUUCCCGUCCAUCGCUCUCCUCACGACCUCCCCUCUCCCGCUCUCGUUCCCGACGACGACGACCAUCUGCCCAGCCCAGACGCGACGCGGUUGACAUGUUGACAGCGCCCAUGUGUUCAGAUCCCCGUCGGACGCAGAUCCAACGAUUAUCUCCGCCACGCCGCCCCCUCGGCAUCCU